AUGGCAGCCGCGAGAUGGUCUCUUGUAGUCGGCGCCGCCGUGGCCGUGGCGGCGGUGGCGGUGGCCGUCGCUCUGUCUUCGCCAUGCUUCGCCGCGACGGCCGCGGCCAGGCCACUCCCGUACGCGGGCCGCUCGUCGCCGACGUCGCUGGACUGCGCCACGGUGACGUCGCUGCUGGCGGGCUGCAAGGCCUUCGUCAGGCGCGGGGUGGUGGCGGCGUCGCCGUCCGUGCCGGCGCCCGGCGCGGCGUGCUGCGAGGGCGUGGCGGAGCUGUACGCCGUGGCCUCGGACUCCGCCGACAACUGGCGGUCGGUGUGCGGGUGCAUGGCGGGGCUCGUCCGGCGGUACCCCUCCAACGCCUCCGCCAUCGCGCUGCUGCCGGUCCUCUGCGCCGUCCUGCCGCCCGCCGCCGGCACCCUCACGUACUGCACAAGCCCUUCUUGACCUCGCAGCCAUGGCCGGCCGUGCAAGGAUAAUCAUCACGACUUUCACGAGCAAUAUCUCUGCUCAUCAUCUCAGCAUAGUUGCCAUGUACACACUAGCUAGAAAUAAAGUUAAUUUGGAGCACA